AGAUUUUAAUAAAAUGUCAAUAUAGUAAACAUUCUCUGUAAAUUAUCUAUUUUUACUUAGAAACACUUUUUAUGACUCAUUUAUCAAUAAUUAUUAUGUACACAUAAAGAUUAUAUAUCAAAUAUCCUCAAACACAAAGUGUGUCAGGCAGAUAUGAUAUAAAAUUUAUAUAUUUUAAAUAAACAGUCGCCUUUUUUUAAACAAAAAUGAUUGCUCCAGCUGAAGGUUCAACUAACAAUGAACCAUUAGUGAAUAAUUCCAAUAGUUUUAGGAGAAGAAUUUCAGGCUUUUUUAGCAGAGAUGGUAGUAGUCAUGGAAGUAAUAGCGGGAUGGGGUAUGUGGAGUUUGGAACAUUCUCUGAAGAAUCUAGCACUAGGACUUUGGGAACAUUUGCAGGAGUGUUUUCUCCAGUGACUUUGUCCAUGUUUUCAGCGCUUAUAUUUCUGCGAAUGGGAUACAUUGUAGGAAACGCAGGUUUGCUGGUGACGUUGACCCAGUUCGCAAUCGCAUAUGGUAUUUUAGUUUUUACUGUCAUGUCAAUUUGUGCUAUAUCUACAAAUGGAGCUGUUGAAGGAGGCGGUGCAUAUUUUAUGAUAAGCAGAACACUGGGACCUGAGUUUGGGGGAUCAAUCGGUACAUUAUUUUUCUUUGCAAACAUUGUUAGCAGUGCUCUUUAUAUAUCUGGUUGCGUUGAAGGUUUGAUAGAGUUUUUUGGACCAUCAGGUUAUUUGGUACCUGGUAUUAUUCAGAAAGGUAGAUGGUACGGAUUCCUCUAUGGAACUUUAUUGAAUAUUCUAAAUCUCUUCAUAUGCCUCAUUGGAGCUUCGAUGUUUGCAAAGACUUCUCUAUUUAUAUUGGUGCUGGUGUGCAGCUGCUUGGGAAUUACAUUUUUCAGUUUUUUCUAUGAAGGCUUUUUGGAGGUUCCCAUCCCUGAUACAAAUACAUUGAUUCAAAAUGCCACAGAUCAUGUUACGAGAAAUUAUACUGGGCUUUCUAGUGCUACAUUUAAUAGCAAUUUGUUUCCUCAAUAUGGACGUGAUUAUACUGCCAAAGGAGAGCUAACUUCCUUCGCGACAGUAUUUGGUGUUUUGUUUUCUGGAGUUACAGGAAUCAUGGCUGGGGCCAAUAUGAGCGGUGAGCUGAAAAAUCCGGGAAAAUCUAUCCCAAGAGGAACUUUAUCCGCUGUAGGUUUUACAUUCAUCAUUUACAUUUUCAUAUCCUUUUUAACUACUGGUACCUGCACAAAAGAGCUACUGCAAAACAAUUACGUAUAUAUGGCUGGAGUAAGUGCUUUUCCUGCAAGUGUCGCUAUUGGAUUAAUCACCGCUACCUGGUCUGCCAGCCUUAGUAACAUCAUAGGUGCUUCUAGGGUUGUUGAAGCUCUCUCGAAGGAUAGAAUUUUUGGUCCAAUCUUAAACUUUAUACCAAAAGGUACAUGGAAAGGAAAUCCAAUAGCAGCAGUGGUGCUCUCAGCAGUACUGGUCCAGUUCAUCCUUCUUAUCGGUUCUCUUAACAUCAUCGCCCAAUUGAACUCGGUUCUUUUUCUGUUGAGCUAUUUGGCUACGAAUAUAGCAUGCUUGGGACUAGAAUUGGCGGGUGCUCCUAACUUCCGUCCGUCGUUUAUGUACUUUACGUGGCACACGGCUCUCUUGGCGUUCUUGGGGACGUUGAUCAUGAUGUUCGUGAUAAGUCCCAUUUAUGCAGCCAGUAGCAUAUUGUUGUGUUUGAUAUUGGUGAUCGCUCUGCAUCUAUUUUCGCCGUCCAAAGAAGCUCAGUGGGGAAGUAUAUCACAAGCUUUGAUAUUUCACCAGGUACGAAAAUAUUUAUUACUAUUGGAUUCUCGUAAAGAUCAUGUGAAGUUUUGGCGUCCACAAGUUCUGCUAUUGGUAAACAGUCCACGAUCAUCUUGUCCUCUUAUAGAUUUUGUUAACGAUCUUAAAAAGGGUGGCUUGUAUGUUAUAGGUCAUGUAGAAACUGGAGAAAUGAGCGAAGAAGGCGUUGAUCCGACUUUAAAUCAGGCACCCCAUUGGUUGACCUUAGUUGAUCAUCUCAAGGUAAAAGCUUUUCAUUGAGUUAACAGUGGCCAGAACGGUUCGUGAGGGAUUACAACAUUUGAUGAGAUUAUCUGGUAUGGGAGCGAUGAAACCAAACACUGUAAUUCUUGGAUUUUUGGAUAAUGAAGAAUCUCAAGAUUUUUUGCUAAGUACUGACUCAAUUUAUCAGAAUCAUGACUUUGAAAACGACGUGUUCCCACUCAAAACACAAAGUACGGUACAGUCUGUAGAAUAUGUCCAGAUGAUGCGAGAUGUGCUUAGGAUGAAUAAAAAUUUGUGCUUAUGUAGAAAUUUUGUUAGACUGAGGAAAGACGCCAGAAGUGUCAGAAACAAAAUGUACAUCGACGUAUGGCCUGUCAACUUCUUAAAUCCAGGGGAAAACGAUUCGUUUGACACUACGUCAUUGUUUAUGAUGCAAUUGGCUUGUAUUGUCAACAUGGUACCAGUAUGGAAAAAAUUAAAAUUAAGAAUAUGUAUUUGUGACGAAGCUCGGUCCAGCUAUUUUACAUCAUCCAUAUCACUGAGCCAUUCUGAACGACUGGAAACUCUGUUAAAAAAAUUGAGAAUAGAGGCAGAACUUUUCAGGGUAGAUGGUUGGAAGACAGUACUUGAAUCACACGGUACGGAAGAGGAUCGAUACGCGAAGAGUGUCAAUACCUUAAUUCUUCAACAGACAGCAGAAACAGCUGUCACUUUCAUAUAUCUUCCAGCACCGCCGACAGAUAAUACCAAACUAGUUUCUUUUUACAACAAUUUAGAAAUAUUUUCGAGAAAUCUGCCGCCCACUAUCUUUGUUCAUGGUGUUAGCACGGUGACGUCAACUACCUUAUAAUAAAGGGAUAACAUUAGUAUUAGUGACAUUUGAUUUAUUUGAUAUUUUAGUGGAUUACAAUAUUUAAGAUCUUUUAUUAUUUAAGUUUUUUAAAUAUUAUCGACUUUACUGACAUCAUUAACUGUUUACAAUAAAGUAAAAAAUGCUGAAGUGUCAAAUGAAUUCUAAAGAGCCAUCG